CAGCUAAAAAACGAUAUGGAUAAUUAUGUGCGCUUCUGUUUAAUGGGUGGACCAAUAAAACUGAAAUCUGGAAUUGUGCCACACAUUUUUACUUGUCAACCUGACAGGAAGCGAACAGCAAAUUAUCCCCCUCGUCUUGCUUCUGAAAAGCGAAGACGUAAAGCAGAGAUUUCUGAUAUUUUGGCUAUUGCUGAAAAGUCCACAUUGUCAGAUAUCGAACAGACGGAAGAUAGAACACCGAAUAUUCCAAUAGCAAGUGAAACAAUGGUUCAAUCUGUAGAAGUAGAAAAUACAAACUUAGAUAGUCUUGCCAGCACAUGUCCUAAUGCUGAUACAAUCCAUAGAAGUUUUCAUCAUAAAGGAGUACAAGUUAACAUACGCCCACACGUUCGUAGUAAAUAUGUAUCUUGCAAUUUUACAGUUCCUAUGUCUAAUGCAAGUUGUUCCCCGAUUAAGCUUCAAACUAUUUCUCCAUCUGUAAAAAUUAUUCCAAGUACUAGCAAACAGUUAAGCACAGAUGCUUCGUCGAUGUUGGUAUCAUCUUCUACCUUACAUUGUACAACUUCGAGCGAUUUUGAGCCUUAUUCAGAUGAAGCAAAAGAGAUUGAAAAGAAUAAACGACAACAAAUGCAAUCUAAUGCACUUUCGAUUACAAAUUAUUUUAUUAGUACUAAUACUAAAAGUUAUCUCGGUAUUCUAAAUGAAUGGUACUGGAUUGUAGACCUCUUACACUCACAGACUAAGAUUCUGCCAGAUCAUAUUAAAUUAACGUUAAUGAAAAUAAAAAUAAAUGACACCUUUCAUAGAUUAGGGGAACAAUUUGGAAUAUCACAUGCUCAAGCCAGCAACAUAUUCAACUCCACUGUACCGCGUUUGACUCACAUGUUAAAAACUCUGAUAUACUUCCCAGACCCAAUGAGUAUAAGAAAAGCUUUGCCAAUUCCAUUUCGAGCUAAUUAUGCUAAUGUACAAUCGAUAAUUGAUUGUUUUGAAAUACAGAUCCACAAGCCAACAAAUUCUGUACAUCAAGCUCUUACUUG